CCCGGCAGUCGCCGCCAUGGAGGAAGCGCUGAAGGGAGCGCUCGGCACGGCGGUGCUGCGGCCCACCGGGCACACGGGGGGCGGCUGCAUCAGCCAGGGCCGGAGCUACGACACGGACCACGGCCGGGUGUUCGUGAAGAGCAACUCUCGGUCGGAGGCCAGAAGGAUGUUUGAGGGAGAAAUGGCAAGCCUGGAAGCCAUCCUGAAAACACAGACGAUAAAAGUGCCUAAACCCAUCAAAGUUAUAGACCUGCCCGGGGGCAGUACUGCAUUUGUGAUGGAACAUUUGGAAAUGGGAGGCUUAAACAGACAUUCAGCACUGCUUGGAACUCAGCUGGCUGAUCUUCACCUUCAUAACCAGAAACUGGGAGAGAAGCUGAAGAAAGAAGGGAACACAGUUGGUAAAGGUCCAGGGCAAACGGAAGUCCAGUUUGUGGAUCAGUUUGGCUUUCAUACAGUUACUUGCUGCGGUUAUCUUCCACAGGUGAAUGACUGGCAGAGUGACUGGGUGACCUUCUUUGCCAGACAGAGGAUCCAACCCCAGAUGGACAUGGUCGAAAAGAAAUCAGGUGACAGAGAAGCAAGAGAACUUUGGGCACAGCUUCAGCUGAAGAUACCCAGUUUGUUCUCUGGUGUGGAAGUUGUUCCUGCUCUCCUGCAUGGGGAUCUCUGGGGAGGAAAUGUAGCUGAGGAUGAUUCUGGUCCGAUUAUCUUCGAUCCGGCUUCUUUCUACGGCCAUUCAGAAUAUGAUCGUGCAAUAGCUGGGAUGUUUGGUGGCUUCAGCAGUUCUUUUUAUUCUGCUUACCACAGUAAAAUCCCCAAAGCCACAGGGUUUGAGAAACGCCUGAAGCUUUAUCAGCUGUUCCACUACAUGAACCACUGGAACCAUUUUGGUUCAGGGUACGGAGGGUCUUCUAUGAACAUUAUGAGAAACCUUGUAAAAUAAGUUGCUGCUUAAGCCAAAUACUUCCCGUGUUGUUUGGAGAGCCCCAUACUUGGUGGUGCAGCUGCAGGAGUAGUGAUGUUAAAAACAACCUGUGAGACCCCUGAUCGUGUUAAAGACCUAGAACCAGUGACACCUGCUGAAUGCCAAGUGUAAAAUAGUCAUCCCUUUUUAGGAUAGCUGGGGAUAACUCUGUGAGGGGAGAAAACUAAGGAAGGAGUUUAUUUGCACAGUGAAUAAAGGUCUCAGUGUCCAGAAAGCACGUGAGACUGUGCAGGGUAGUACAAAUAAAGCAUCGAGGAGAUGCCUAAAAGAAGCUGCUCGCUGCAUUUUGCUGUGUCUUCCUCCCUGUUUCAGCUCUUCAUGUUCAGCUGUGUGUGCAUGAGAGCAAUGUCAACAGCAGAGCUUGAAAGUCAACAGGAAAAUUAUGUAACAGGAACUUUGAGAAGGGAUUUGGACUUGCUAUUAACUUUCACAGAAUCAGAGUGGGUGAGAUUGUGGGGGGGUGGGAAUCACAGAAUGUCAUCUAGUCCAACCUCCCUGCCUAAGCAGAUUACUCAGGAUUGGGUCCAGAGGCUUUUAAAGACCUCUCCAGGAUUUUGCUGAUUGAUUCCAUUGGAUGCAGACUGUUGGUGCCUCCUGGAAUGCUUGUAGGCUGUUUGGUGCUUUCUGGUCAGUGGGCACUUACCCACAGCAAUUUUUCUUCCAGCAGAACUAGUUCUCUUCCUUUUUUGGAUUAUGCUUUUGUCCAGCAUGCCAUUAGAGAACUUUCUGGUUAAGACACUUUUCAUGUACACACCUUGUGGAGGUGUAUUCUCUAAUAAAACCUGUACAUGCUUCACGUGCAUGACUGAAGUCACUCAAAAUCCACCUCAUCAUGAAACUACAUCAGCUGGAACUUUGUGUUUUCCACACCCUCAAAGAAAACAAUAAAAAUACAACAUAAAAUGGGAAGGAGGUCAGGGAAGACUCCUCCUGGGAUGGUUUACAGGCUGUAACCGUCUGCUUCUCCACAGGAAUGCCUGUUAGGUAAUUUUAUUCCAAGGGGAUACUACUGCUUGUGGUUUCUGAUACCAAUGUGUUUAUCAACAAUAGUUUAUCAACCUUAUUCUGGCACAAAGAUCAGUAAACCACGAAUGUGCCCAGUGUCAAGUCUCCACCAUUUCUGUAUCCGUGCUCAUGAGAGGUCUAAUGCAGUUUUAAGAGUGCUGCACUGUUCAUUCUAAAAUAUUCAAUGUGAAGGCCUCCCAGGGCCUCAGACACACUAGAAAUGGGAAGAUGUAGACAUCUCUGGAUAACCUGGAAAACAAGGUCUUCCUUUCCUAAACUCUUACAGGCCAGUCCCCACUAAAUGCCUGCGGCAGCUGUUGUGGUAAGAGAGGUGAAAAGGAAGGAAGUUAACAUGUAACUCACGGUGCAGCACUUCAGCCCUGUCAGAAUUCACUGUGAUUGUUCCACAGUCUGUGGCUUUUGCCUGCAAGGAGUUAAUACUGAAAUUGUUCUGUUUUUGAUGUAGGCUGGUACUGGUGCUUCUGUGCAAGCCUGCCAGGUAGGUGAGAGAGAUGCAUGAUACCUAACAUGCACUUUGAGUGUUGGGGAAUUACUUUUAUUAACUAGAACUGCUUUGCACUGGGUAUUGGCAGAUUACUGAGGGUUUUGUAGUUGCUAGUUUGGCAGUUAUUGACACAAAUUGGAAACAAGUUUGGAUAAGACUGGUAUUUGCUACAACUUUACUUAAUUCUACUACUUUUCUCACUGGCUGUUGGACUUUUGCUGCAAAAAUAUGCUUGGUUAAUACAUUUUACUUUUACCUUGUUGCCUGAAUAAAAGGUUUCCCAGUUUA